AUGCUCAAGAUGCUGCCGUUCAAGCUGCUGCUGGUGGCCGUGGUCCUGUGCUUCUUCGAGGGGGAUGCCAAGUUUGGGGAGAGCGGCGCCCGGAGGAGAAGGUGCCUCAACGGGACCCCGCCGAGGCGGCUGAAGAAGCGGGACCGGCGGGUGCUGUCCCCGGAGACGGUGCCGGUGUACCAAAACUUCGUCAUCUCCAGCCUCCUCGGGGCCCGUGCAUCGCUCACGGUUACGCCUGUCAGCUGCAGAAGACCCCCGAAGUUCCCGCUUUGGGACCCCGGUCUGACGGUGCUCGCUGGCGACCGGUUUCUCGCACAAGGUGCGAUACUUUCUGUUACCAACAACACAGAAUGUGCGAAGCUACUGGAGGAAAUCAAAUGUGCACACUGCUCACCUCACGCUCAGAACCUAUUCCACUCACCUGAGAAAGGGGAAACACCUGAAAGAGAACUAACUCUUCCCUACCUGUGCAAAGACUAUUGUAAAGAAUUCUAUUAUACUUGCAGAGGUCACAUACCAGGUUUUCUCCAAACUACAGCUGAUGAGUUUUGCUUUUACUAUGCAAGAAAAGAUGGUGGUGUAUGCUUUCCAGAUUUUCCAAGAAAACAAGUGCGAGGGCCAGCUUCUAACUCCCUGGACCACAUGGAAGAAUAUGACAAAGAGGAAGAGAUCAGCAGAAAACACAAGCACAACUGCUUCUGUAUUCAGGAGGUUGUGAGUGGACUAAGGCAGCCUGUUGGAGCAGUACAUUGUGGGGAUGGAUCCCAUCGCCUCUUUAUUCUUGAGAAAGAAGGAUAUGUGAAGAUUUUCAGUCCUGAAGGAGACAUACUCAAGGAACCUUUUUUGGAUAUACACAAGCUUGUUCAAAGUGGAAUAAAGGGAGGAGAUGAAAGAGGACUGUUAAGCCUUGCAUUCCAUCCCAAUUACAAGAAAAAUGGAAAGCUGUAUGUGUCUUAUACCACCAACCAAGAACGGUGGGCUAUUGGACCUCAUGACCACAUCCUUAGGGUCGUAGAAUACACAGUAUCCAGGAAAAAUCCACACCAAGUUGAUAUGAGAACAGCAAGAGUAUUUUUAGAAGUAGCAGAACUACAUCGAAAACACCUAGGAGGACAGCUUCUGUUUGGCCCAGAUGGUUUCCUAUACAUUUUUCUUGGAGAUGGCAUGAUCACUCUAGAUGACAUGGAGGAGAUGGAUGGUUUAAGUGAUUUUACAGGUUCUGUAUUGCGCCUCGACGUAAAUACUGACCUGUGCAAUGUCCCUUAUUCCAUACCACGGAGCAACCCACAUUUUAAUAGCACAAACCAACCUCCUGAGAUUUUUGCACAUGGACUCCACAAUCCAGGCCGAUGUGCUGUGGACCGCCACCCAACAGAUGUAAACACCAAUUUGACUAUACUUUGCUCAGACUCGAAUGGAAAGAACAGAUCUUCAGCAAGAAUCUUACAAAUAAUAAAGGGUAAAGACUAUGAAAGUGAGCCUUCACUUUUAGAAUUCAAACCGUUCAGCAGUGGAUCCUUGGUCGGUGGAUUUGUCUAUCGAGGCUGCCAGUCCGAAAGACUCUAUGGAAGUUAUGUAUUUGGAGAUCGCAAUGGAAAUUUUUUAACACUGCAACAGAGUCCUGCAACCAAACAGUGGCAAGAGAAACCCCUCUGUCUUGGCAACACUGGUUCAUGUAGAGGUUUCUUUUCAGGCCCUGUCUUGGGAUUUGGUGAAGACGAAUUAGGUGAGAUUUACAUAUUAUCAAGCAGUAAAAGUAUGACACAGCCUCACAGCGGAAAACUCUACAAGAUCAUCGACCCAAAAAGGCCUUUAGUCCCCGAAGAAUGCAAAAGAACAGCUCAGUCUGCACAGAUACUGACAUCUGAAUGCUCAAGGCAUUGUCGGAACGGGCACUGCACUCCCACAGGAAAAUGCUGCUGUAAUCAAGGCUGGGAAGGAGAGUUCUGCAGAACGGCAAAAUGUGACCCAGCCUGUCGACAUGGAGGUGUCUGUGUAAGGCCUAAUAAAUGCUUAUGUAAAAAAGGCUAUCUCGGCUCCCAGUGUGAACAAGUGGAUAGAAACAUCCGAAGAGUGACAAGGGCAGGUAUUCUUGAUCAGAUCCUAGACAUGACAUCCUAUUUGCUGGAUCUAACCAGCUAUAUUGUAUAGUUUCUGGGACUAUUUGGAAACUACACUUUCAACGGGCAUUUGUUUUGAAUCCUGUCAUUUUUAAAAGACUGUUAUCCUGCAACAAAUACCGGUGAUUUGAUUUACUUUAUUAAUUUAAGUACAAUAUCCACAAAUGUGCAGAUAAAUUCUUUGUAUGUGUGUAAAUAUUUCUGUACGUCUCCACAGACGUACCAAUAUCCAAUACGUGCACACAUACACAUGCACGCGCUAUCACAAAUACGGUUUUACAGUUAGUGGAAUUUUUUUUUUAUAUUUAUUUCUUCAUGAGAAAUAGUUUACAAAGUAAUUCCACUGUAAACCACAUUUUCGUCAAAGGACUUUUGUGAUGUCUUAAUGGAUUCUUUGACAUCCCAGAAACCUCGUGUCUGUACCUAUCUGAUUAUAGCAAUAAGAGAGCAGUUUUCAAACACCGCUGUAUAAACUGCUGGACUUAAUAAAAUCCAGUUGUAACAGUUACUAAGGCGAACUGAACUACAUCAUGAGACAAUAUUUCAGAACUCCUAAAUGCAUUCCUAUCUAGGCAAUUCAUUGUAAGACUGUAACCUUCACCUUCAUCAAUGUAACUCUAUUACAGAAUGUUACGCAUUUCUUUAUCUAGCAUAGAUGCAAAAAUCUGGUUAUCGCAGCUUAAUAUCAAGAUUGUUUCAAGUGUUUAAUAAUUAAAUUAUAUUCGCAUAUUUCAAAACCAGUCAUCCUAGAAGGUCUGCUUUUUAUCAUAUAUUUUAUUUAACGAUGGGCACUGGGUUCAUGUUACAUAUUUAUAUUAUUUUAUUUUAUUUUUAUAAUAUAGACAUCACCUAGAUGAGACAGCUUUACCAUGUCCUGUAAAAUACUAAAGUUACAUUUUUCACCAACUUAAUUGGAAAGACGGGGAAAGAGAGAGCAAACACACUCUUUAAUGUGUUGUGGAUCUAAUCUAGAAAUGUAUCCUUGUGUCAACUUGUAUUCGUUUACGA